CAGAUGCAGAGGCUGCAGGUCCUGGGGUCAAGCAGGAGAGGUCUGAAGGAGAGGAGGACCCACGGUACUGCAGAGAUAUCCAGACUGGAGUGGCUGGAGCUCCCCCUGUAGUCACGGAGGACCCCACCGCCACCCCAGCACCGCCCAGGACCCGACACAGCAUCACGGAGGUCAGUGGAACGCCGAACGCCGUCCUCAAGACAGAGACUAUAACGGGGCUGAGGCAACUGGGCUGUCCUCCUGCUCCCCGUUCAGAGUAUUUACUUUACAGUAGCCCGACGACGGUUCUGUCCCAUCUGGAUUUAGGUGACUCAUUACAGACUGGCAAUGAUCCGUCCUGUUCAUAUGCUACGGAGACAGAGAUGAUAGCUGCUGACAUGCCUGUGGGCUUAGAUACACAGACUAAUCCAAUGAGAGGGGACUGGAACCGGUACAGCAGUGGUGUAUACUCUGAAGGAUGCCUAGAUAAGAAAGGGGAGGGUCUGGUCGUAGAUGAGGUGACUGUGAAAGUGGAGGGCGAUGCUCCUUUGACAUGGAAUGUAGACAAGUCUAACUUAGGAGAAGGACACUCGCAGGUCAACACCAGUGACUUCUGGGAUUACAGGGAAAGUUUAGAGACAAAUACAAAUGUCGCAACCCACUCCCCUUUACACACGCUUAGGGAUCGCCACCCAGUGUCCACGACUAUGGCACCUUCCGAUUCACACGGCCGUGUCCUUUUUGAUCAGGUAUUGAACUCAAACGACAGGGCUAGAGCCCAGGCUCAGGGAGGGGGAGCCACGUCAGGCAAUAGUAAAGAGAAACGGUUCCUCUGCAUGUUCUGUAACAAAGGCUUCAGCUGCCUCCAGAAGGUGGAGAUCCACCAGAGAGUCCACACAGGGGAGAAACCCUACAGCUGUACCCAGUGUCACAUGCGCUUCGCCCAGGCUUGCAACCUAAAGAGGCACCAGAGGAUGCACAUGGGAGAGAGGCCGUUCACCUGUAUGCACUGUGGGAAGAGGUUCUCAGAGAGGAGCUACCUCAAGAUACACCAGCAGAAAAUGCACACGGCCCAUUCUGCAGUCUACGAGGACCUGCUGAUUUCCGGUGUUGCUGGCGGGAGAGACUGGAUCACUGAAGUGGCUGGUCAGAAACCCUGGCCCCGGAUCAGGACACUGGAUCAGGAGCCGUCAGCGGUUCCUUCUUGA